GCCGAUCGCGUCCAGCAUGGCUUCUCACCUUUCCGUCAUCCUCGACCUGAAUGCGCACCAGUGGACGCAGCUCUCCACCGAGGAGCUCUCCCUCGCAAAUGCUCUUCCUCAGCUCCUUGUCUUCUUACAUGCUCAUAUUGCCGCUGCCGCCGAGAAUACGCUCGCGGUCUAUACAGCGGGGUCGGAGGGCCCGACGGAGCUCGCGUUCGAUUCGCUGUCAAACGAUGUAGAGCUUCCUGGCGCCCUCGAUGGGAACAAGUAUCCGCCGUUUAGGAGGCUAGACGUGUCUUUGACGGAUGCGAUACAAGCGGCUAUGGAUCGCCUAGCGGAUGCGGACGAGGACAUGAAAAGGACGGUAGGGACCAGCAGCGAUCCUCACGCGACGUCCUUCACCAGCGCACUGACGCGCUCCCUAUGUUAUAUCAAUCGCCUUCAAUCCCCCAGCUCGCGCAUCCUUUUGUUGUCCGUGUCCCCCGACCGCGCCCAGGACUACGUACCCUUCAUGAACGCGAUAUUCAGCGCGCAGAAACUCAAAGUGCCGAUUGAUACCCUGCAACUCGCCGCACACGACAGUGUCUUCUUGCAGCAGGCGACGUACCUCACUGGUGGCGCGUACGUGCGGUUGGGUGACGAGUCCGGAGAGGGCAAGAGAGGGGGACUCUUGCAAUAUCUGAUGAUGUGCUUCCUGCCGCCACCAGCGCUCCGCCAGGUCAUGGCAGUCCCCACUAUGGAUCAGGUCAACUUGAGAGCCGCAUGUUUCUGUCACAAACGCAUGACCGAGAUAGGAUUCGUGUGCAGUGUCUGCCUCAGUAUCUUCUGCUCGCCUGUGCCAGUUUGCACCACUUGCAAGACCCGGUUCCCCAUGAAGACGUUGCAGAGGUUGACAGCGUCGCGCAUGCCAUCUGCUACGUCAACGCCUGUGCAAUCCCCAGCACCUUCACCUGCACCAACACCGACGCGAAGUAAUGCGCCACCGCCUGCGGCAGCAGUACCUCCGGGCAGGCAAACUUCCCGCGGUGCUGCUUAUCCGUUCCGAGGGAGGGGAAGAGGAGGCGGGGUUUCGCAUAGCAAUGGUCUGCCAAACUCGAACUCGAUAGGGCAGAACGGUAGUAGAUAGCAGUGUAUGUAGAAGUAGCUUAGUGGGACAAUGGACGUCCACGCGGACCCACAGAUACAUGAGGCAGCACGUGGGGGGUGCAGAAAGAUGCAACAUGCG